AUGAGAUCGACAGAGACGCAAUCGCGUCAAGAUUCACCCGCUCAGAAGAUUGAGGCCACCGGCGGAUCCGACGAUCCUCUAGAUGCCCCCGCCUCACCUAAACCCCAGAACGGAGGUGAAUUGGAAGACGAGGAGAUGGGUGGUACCGAGACCGAUGCCAAGCGCGACACCGAAGGCCUAGAAGAUGCCGUUGGCGAAGCGCAUACAGCAGGAGAUGGUGUGGAUGGACUAGAGGAUGCCGUGGGAGAAGAUCAACCUGCGCCAACCAAGUCUUCUCUUGAAGCCGCUGCGCGCGAGCAGCUCGUCACCCAAACACAUGCGAUCAUCCUUCCCAGUUAUGCUACUUGGUUCGACAUGAAUACCAUCAACCCGAUCGAGAAGAAGGCUCUCGCCGAGUUCUUCAAUGGUCGCAACCGCAGCAAGACCCCCGCUACUUACAAAGACUACCGAGACUUCAUGAUUAACACCUACCGAUUGAACCCCAUUGAGUACCUGACUGUCACGGCCUGUCGCCGUAACCUCGCGGGUGAUGUCUGCGCCAUUAUGCGUGUCCACUCAUUCCUCGAGCAGUGGGGCUUGAUCAACUACCAGGUCGACCCUCAGACCCGACCCUCCAACAUUGGACCUCCAUUCACCGGUCACUUCCGAGUGAUUGCCGAUACCCCCCGCGGCUUGCAGCCAUUCCAGCCCGGUCCCAACCACAGUGUCACAUCCGGCAAGGCUCUCCCAGCAACUCAGCGCGCGGCGUCUUCCACCCCUGCAUCAAAGGACGAUUUGAACUUCGAAUUGCGCCGCACAAUUUAUGACGACAAGGGCAAGGAUGUCACACCGGCCGAGGAUAAGGAGAAGCAGACCAAUGGCGAAUCAAGCAACGGCUUGGAUCUUGCCCAGGAGUCCAAAAAGAAGGCCCACUGUUUCUCUUGCGGUAUUGACUGCACCAAACUCCGAUUCCACUACACCAAAUCCACCUCGACAUCAGCCAACGCCAACACCCCGGACACAAAGUACGAUUUGUGUUCCAACUGCUUUUUGCAAGGAAGAAUGCCCUCCAGCCACAGUGCCUCGGACUUCGUUAAGCUUGAGGACAAGAACCACAUUCAAGUUCCCGGAAAGGACGCUCCGUGGUCGGACCCAGAAACAAUCCUGUUGCUAGAGGGUCUUGAGAACUUCGAUGACAACUGGGAGCAGAUUGCGAACCACGUCGGCACACGAUCUCGGGAAGAGUGUGUGAUGAAGUUCCUGCAGUUGGAGAUCGAGGACAAGUACAUCGAAGAUGUGCCCGAGCUUCGCUCCGGUAGCGGACGUGACCCUAUCAGCCAGUCCGAGAACCCCGUCCUUUCCGUCGUCGCCUUCCUCGCCCAGAUGGCAGAGCCUGCAGUGGCUGCGGCCGCGGCUGGUCGCUCCGUCGAAGAGAUCCGCAAGGAGCUCCGCAGCCAACUGGAGAAGGGAGGAGACAAGGGCAAGGAUGCGGUCAAGACCGAAGACUCCAUGGACGUGGAUCCCGUCCGUGAAGCCGAGCAAGCUGGAGACAAGCCCAAGGAAUCUCUCGGUACCAUCGCACUAGCUGCCUCCGCCGCCCGUGCUGGAGCCCUCGCUUCCCACGAAGAGCGUGAAAUGACCCGCCUGGUCUCCGCCGCUGUCAACGUCACUCUCCAGAAGUUCGAAGUCAAGCUCCAGCAGUUCAACGAGAUGGAAGAGAUUAUCGAGGCUGAGCGUCGGGAGCUCGAGCAGGCUCGCCAGCAGCUCUUCUUGGACCGCAUGACCUUCAAGAAGCGCGUGAAGGAAGCCCAGGAUGCUCUCCAGUCCGUCAGUCUGCAGGGUCCCAACGAGCACACGAACCAGAUGCUCGCUGAUGCUGCCACUACCGGCAUCGGUAACCACUACAGCUUCCAGCCUGUUGGUGGUGAUAUGCGGGCAGGAACACAGCCUUUGAGCGCCCAGGCUGGCGCCGACUACAAGACGCUUGAGCUGUAG